AUCUCUAUUACUGCCUGGAAUGAAAGCGCUCUGUCAGUUCAUGCAGGAUAUCCUAUGAUUUGGCUCCUCACUCCAAAUCUUCGACGCUAUUUAAAAUGUAUUGUUUUCGCAAAGAUGCCUCUGUCUCCUCUCCCCUCUGUCUCUCUCCUCCUGUCUCUCCUCUGUCUCACCCAAUCUCUUCCACCCUCACCCGUGCUUUCUUUCUCCCUCGCCUACAUCUCUAUCUGUCCUCUCGCAGGACUCUGAGAGAAAGGGCUUCAUGAACAAGCUUUAUGCCAUUCAGGACGUGUGCAUCAGCGUGCAGAAUGCACUGGAUGAAGUGGCCUCCUAUGGCGAGAGGAUAAAGAACACAUUUAACUGGACUGUGCCUUUUUUAAGCUGGCUGGCCAUUGUGGCUCUCGGAGUGGCCACCAUCAUUAUCUACUUCAUCCCUCUACGAUACAUCGUACUGGCCUGGGGGGUGAACAAAUUCACCAAGAAGCUGCGAGACCCUUACACCAUUGACAACAACGAGCUGCUGGACUUUCUGUCCAGAGUACCCUCAGAUGUACAAGUGGUGCAGUACCGAGAGCUGAAACUGGAUCCCAGUCCCAGUCCAAAUAAAAGGAAGAAAAACAACCCCGGGUAGAUGACUGUGUCCGCCCACCAACUCGUCUCUUCUCCACUUUUCUUCUCUCUGUCUAUGACUGGACACCGAGGAGCAGAGGAAGGCGGCUCUGGACGUGCUCAGCUCAAAUGUCCUUCCCUUUUCUUAUCUCCCAUUUUCUUCUCUGCCUCUAAUCACUCACCAUGUACAGUACAGUUUCUCGAUGUGUAAUUUUUGUAUAAAACAAGACAAGACACCCCUUGAAUUGUUAUCACCAUUAUGCUUCUGAUUGAUUUUAAAGGCGAGCGGGGAACGAUGGCUGGAAUGACCUUUUUAUCAGCCGUGUGAGCCGCGCUCCUCGUUUUCCUCUCUCCAUCACCCUGACAGCGCGGUGAACUCUAUCUAUUCUCCUGCCACGAGUGUCACACAAGGAGUACAAUGAGUUUUAACAUUUAUACUCACCUUUCCAAAGACAUAUUCAGAGCAUCCAUGUUUAUCAAAAAGACAAGCCUUAUAACAAUACUCUGCAUCAUCACUCCACAAAAGACUUUCCUUUUUUUUCUCUCACGCUGUAUUUAUUAAAUGAUUCUUUGGUAAUAUGUUUAUAUUUUCUAAUUGUUUUUGUACUGAAGUAUCUUUUGUUUUCUUCCCCUCUUGGACGUGCUAAUGAUAUUAUGUUCACUGGCAGUAAUCUGGAUGCCUGCACUUAACUCAGCCAGCCAAGUUGAUUAGCAAUUAUGGUGGUAGCCUCCAGAUAUGUCCUUCUACACAAACACAAAGCUAGACCAAUAAGCUGACGGCUCGUGCUGGUAUCUCUCUGUGUUGAACAAUGGCCAAAUUAUCAUUAUUUUUUUUAAAUGGGCAAUAUGUGAUUAUUUUAGUUUAAAGACGUAUAUGUGUUGUGUUGCAGAAAUAAAUGUAUAUACUGAGGUUAGCAUUCUAAGCAGCUAACCCCAGAGUGACAGUAAUAGUGAGUCACUAUAUCUUCCAGAUGGCCCCCAGUCGAACAUGAGAGGAUGAAGAAGUUACUGCAAGUCAACCAUCAGCUUGUGAUGGCACCAUUAACCUUCCUCUAAAGCUCUGUCUCAAUUUAGGGGCUUUAUCCCAAAGGGUACGUGGUCUUUGUGGGGUGCAUAGACCAUGUUGAAGGCUGAACCAGAAUAAGAAUAUCUGGUCUACAGAGGAUUUCCAUGAACAGAGCUGAAGUUGGACAUGAAAAGAAAUGUCUUUAAUGUCCCUACAUGUGUGCCGUGUGGUUGAGUUGAAGCAUGAUACUUAAGUGUUGGAUAUCUUGAAUCCUGGGAUGGGUUGGGCCGGGAAGGAUGCAUCCAUUGGAGCCUUUGUUUCUCGGGAGGAAGGAUGCAUUUGUUGGCCACAUUUUAAGGAGCCUUCGAAAUGGUACAGUCUGGUCACAUGGUUGUGAUGCAGGGAUUCAGCCCCUGAAUUGAGACACAGCUUAUUUCCAAAAACUCUGCUCUUAAUGCUGCUGCUCGAGCUGCUUCCCCUCUCCUUCCAUGUCUAUGACCCCUCGCUGCUCAUCCUCUACUCCUGACAUCACCACAUCUUCCCUGUUCCACUGACUCAGUCGAGCUAAGCGUAAUGGGGAGGGUUGCCCAGUGAGCACUGAACAGGAACACACACGGCCUUCAGAUGACCAGUACAUUGAGAGGGCCAGUGAAAACUUUAUGGGUUUUUUGAGGACCCACAGAACCUCAGCUCAUGAGGUUUGUCCCACUAUUCCAGAUGGCUUCUCUGACUAUGGUGCAGAUUUCUCCUCAACAUUUCCACUUUAAAGACAUAAUGAUAGAAGAAAAAAUCAAAGCACACUGGAUAAUGAUAUCAGUUAAAAAUAAAGUGAGUCUGUAUUUCUAGAUCACUCGAUAGUGAUUAUAUAAUCAUUAUUAAAUCAUACCCAUAGGAAAAAGAACAACACUUUAAAGUAUGAGACAGUUUGUGUUAUGCCCUAAACUUUAAUCAGUAGUAAAUACCCAACUUAGCCGUGUUUAACCCCUGAAAAACAUGUCAAAACCUCCGUCCAUCCGUCAGUCAGAGAUCCAUGUUCUCUGUCUGACAGGAGGCGCAGCAGACGGGGCCUUCUGCUGUCGUGUUGUUAAUAUAGAUGUCACCCAGUCUAUGCAGAGUGUCGCCAGGCAGGCAGGCCUUCAGGCAGCCGCAGCCCUAAUCUGGUUUGAAAGGCUGGUCUCCUUUCCUCACAUGUCCCGUGUGCGUGCAUGCAUGUGCCUGCACGGGCCUCGGCAGCCACGCACGACAGCAUUUACACACACACAAAUCUCUCACGUCAAUACACUGCUCGCCUACAGAUACCGCACCUAUACUAGCUUGCAGAUGAAAACAACAUCCCAUUUGAGCACACACACACACACACACACACACACACACACACACACACACACACACACACACACACACACACACACACACACACACAYGCUCCCUGUGAUGCUGUGCCCCAGGCUGGCUGCCCUCUCCAUCUGCCCCACCUCCUGUGCCCACAGCUCAACUUUGAUCUGCCUUCCCAGAGACACAGGCUUGUAUAUGUGAACUGUGCGAAAGAGUUUGCGUAUACACGUUUAUGGAAUCAAAGACAUGUUGCUUUUCUCAGCGUCGGAAUGUGUUGCAAUUGUAUCUCCCCUCCAGCUGUAGACUGAUGCAUAGAUUCGGUGUGUGUGCGUGUGCGUGCGUGUGUGUGCAGCAGAAGUGCCAGCUGUUAUUUGGUGUGCUGGUGCAGAGGGCCGUCAGCUAGAUGAGCAGCAAGUCGCUGUGUGACAACAUGAGGCUCUGAGGGGACUUAGGCCUGAGAUGUCUGGGAUAGAGGUGUGUGUGUGUGUGUGUGUGUGUGUGUGUUUUAUGCUAUUUUAGAUCUUUCUUCCCAUCAUGCCUCUCUCCGUUUGCUCUCUGCGGUUUCCUCAUUCGUCAGUGAGCGGGGUUGCGACCCUGUCUGAAGGGACGGUCUCCUGGGCUUCUCGUCGAGCAUCUGUUGAAAGAUCACAGCUCAGGCUACAUUUGAGGAGGUCUCCUCUCAUCCCACCGAUCCCAGCCCCCACCUCGCCCGCCGCCCCAUACGUCUUUCUGUUCCCUUUUUACCCCCUUUUGUCUGUUCGGUCGUCUGCCUCUCCGUCUAUCUUUAUCACUCUGAAGCCCCUUAGCAGCGACUGGAGCUCUCCACUGCCAUUUUGUCAUCCUCGUGCCCUGCCUGUCUGCCUGCCGUCACCUCUCCUGCUCGCUCCCCCUCCCUCUCCACCCAUCCAUCUCCAUGCUUAAAUAUCAACAGGCUCGGGAUCUGUCACUCCAGAGGGCCAUUGAUUUUGUUGUGUUGUUUUGAGGAAUCCACUUGAAAGACAAUAACAGACUGUCCCCCAAGAGCGAGCGUCGCAGACUGAUUACAGCCUCCUCAACAAACACACUCUUUGCUUGGUGAAGGAUGGCGUUUUAUAAUGCCGGGAGGGACUGUCUGAAUACCUGAUAUGUGUGUGUCUACUACUGUAUGUGGUUAUUUUACAGCAAAUAGUGGUGACAAUUGUGUGGUAUUGCAUCCAAAUACAGUUUUUUUUUUGGUGUUUAUGUAUGAUUUGGUUUUGGCUGUUUGCAACCAAACCAAAGUGUUUUUAUGUUAUAUGUUGAAGAGAAAAUAAAUUACAACCACGAAUGUAUCAGGCUGACAGCUGCAAAGGAAAAAAAAAAGCAUUUAUUUGCACCGGGUUGAAAAUGAGACUAUUUUUUAAAAUGAGACUGUACAUAGCUAGCUCCUUAUUUAAUGGUUGUAUUUUAUACAGUAUGCCUGUUGAUGGUCUGGUGAUGUUAAGUGGGUGUAUGCCUGCAUUAUUUUCUAAUGUCUGUCUUUUUUUUUUUCUGCCUGCAAUGUUGCCUGCCUAUGACAUCAUUUUUAUGUGCUCAGUUCUGACCAAUGACACUUCAGGACAGGAACGCGAUGGGAGCUGAGACGAGGGUGAAGUCAGGAACGGCGAA